UUUUUUUCAGUCACGCCCCCACCCCCUUGCCUUUAAUGCAGUGGCGGUGACGUGGGCGGUCACGUGACGCGGCGUGACGUCACGCCGCCGUGCGCUUCUGGAUUUGGCUGAAGAAGAUGGCGGCCUCCUCAGGAGUUAAAGUUCCACGCAAUUUUCGUUUGUUGGAGGAGCUGGAAGAAGGCCAGAAGGGGGUCGGGGAUGGCACGGUCAGCUGGGGCCUGGAGGACGACGAGGACAUGACCUUAACACGAUGGACGGGAAUGAUCAUCGGACCUGCACGAACUAAUUACGAAAACAGGAUAUACAGCCUGAAAGUGGAGUGCGGCCCUAAGUAUCCUGAAGCACCACCGACUGUUAGAUUUGUUACAAAAAUUAGCAUGAACGGAAUAAAUAAUUCCAACGGGAUGGUGGAUGCACGUAGCAUACCAAUUCUAGCAAAAUGGCAAAAUUCUUAUAGCAUUAAAGUCGUUCUUCAAGAGCUACGGCGUCUAAUGAUGUCCAAAGAGAAUAUGAAGCUUCCUCAACCGCCCGAAGGACAGACGUACAGCAAUUAAUUGUAAAUGAUUGUUUUUCGACCAUCUGUCUUAAAAAAAAAAAAAAAAAAAAACAAACACACACAAAAAAAAAUUACCCCACCUUACUCUAUUAGUCUCAUGUCAUCAGAGAUAGAGAAAGAAAAAAAUUUUGUUCACUCUGCACAGACCUCACCGCCGAUUUUGGGGAAAAAAACAAAUAGUUUAGCUCCUCUAAGAAGAAGAGAAAGCGCGAGUCAGCGCCUGGAAUUCUACUAAGAUUAUCGAGCGCACAACACUUCUUUCCUCCUCCAGUAACGUUAUGUCGAGCUUUAUCGUUUCUGAAUCUUUCCUUUUUUUUUCCCCACAAAAAAAGCAGAAUGGAAGUUUAACAUAAUCCGGCGGUGAAAGGAAAGAAAAACAACAAAAAAAGACGCUUGUAUGAUAUGACAGCAUGAUUAGUACGGAGGAAGGAAAAAAAAAAACAAACAAAAACCAUCAGCGUUCUGAAUGAUAGAAGCCUUCGUGACGAUUCUAACAGUGUGCCUGUAGUCUAGUUGUAGUAUCACAAACGGAAGGGAGUGGCUGGUUUUUCUUUUCUUUUCUUUUUUUUUUGUUUUAAUUAUUAUUUUUAAUAAAAUAAAAAAAUAAAA